CGAGGUCCCCGGGUGGGCUCCGUGCAGGGGGCAUCGCGGUGGCUGAAGGCUGCAACCAGACCCGCGGGGCUUUUCGAGACUCCAGUGGCCGUCAGGCUGCCUUCUCUUCCUGGUGGUGGGGCCUCUUCGGGCCCCCGCACAGCAGAAGCCCAGGAGGACCUCGCCCCGCAUCCCGGAGCCGCCAGACAUGUCUGCCCGCGAGGCCGCGCCGACGGCCGAGGCCCCGGAACCCGGCGGCAGGAAGAAGUCCAGCAGUGCCCGCCACACGCCAGGGCUGAGGGCUGCGGCGGCGGCGGACGCGGAGGCGCAGGGUGUUUUCAAACCUAUGGACCUUAAUCGUGUCAUCAGACUCCUUGAAGGAACCGAUAACGAUGAUUUAGAAGAAAAACAACUUAAAUCUGUCAAGAAAGUGAUGCAGUAUUAUCAGAAUGGACUUCCCUUAAGGGAUUUGGCACAGAUAUUUAAAAUUCUUAAUCUGUGUGCAGAAAAAAUUGAACACCAUCCCCGUUUCAUAGAAUCUACAUAUGAUAUCCUACAACUGUGUGGCCUGCCAUUUUUGAAAAAGAAAACAUCGGAUGAAGUAACGUAUGCUGAAGAUACUGCCAAUUCGAUUGCACUUCUCGGUGAUUUAAUGAAAAUACCAAGUUCUGAAUUAAGGAUACAAAUUUGUAAGUGUAUUGUUGACUUUUAUCAUUCAGAACCACCAAAGAAGCAUAUUCCAGGGUACCAGCAAGCUAGUUCAUCAUACAAGAUUAAAAUGGCUGAAGUUGGAGGACUGGCAAAAACGAUGGUCUGGUCAAUGACCUUGCUUGAAAAUCAGCUUGCUGAGAAACUUUGGGUACUUAAAGUUCUGCAACAUCUCUCCACUUCUGAAGUGAAUUGUACUUCCAUGAUGAAGGCAGAAGCAGCCAGGGAAAUCUGUGCCCACCUCAAUGACCCAGAUCCCUCUGGACAGCUUCUGUUUCGCUCGGCAGAAAUACUUUGGAACUUACUGGAGAAGUCUUCAAAAGAGGAAAUCAUACAACAGCUUAGUAACUUGGAAUGCUUGCUGGCCUUGAAGGAAGUUUUUAAGAAUCUGUUUAUGAGAAGUUUUAGUCAUUAUGAUCGUCAGCUUAGAAAUGAUAUAUUAGUUAUCACUACAAUUAUAGCUCAAAACCCUGGAGCACCAAUGAUUGAAACUGGCUUUACCAAGGAUUUGAUAUUAUUUGCAACCUUUAAUGAAGUUAAAAGUCAAAAUCCUUUGGUAAAAGGUCUUAAACUUGCAAAUUUCUAUGAAGAUUUUGAGUUGAAGAAAUUGCUGUUUAAUAUAAUUGUGAUUUUAUGUAAAGAUUUACCUACUGUCCAGCUAUUAAUUGAGGGCAAAGUUGUUUUGGCUUUGUUUACCUAUGUGAAAAAGCCUGAGAGACAUAAAAUAAUUGAAUGGUCUCUGGCACAGCAUGAAGAAUUGCAACUGCAUGCAAUCGCCACUUUGUCCUCGGUGGCUCCUUUAUUGAUAGAAGACUACAUGUCAUGCCAGGGAAAUGCUCGAGUUCUUGCAUUUCUACAGUGGUGUAAAAGCGAAGAUCCCUUCUUUAGUCAUGGCAACAGUUUCCAUGGCUCAGGUGGUCGCGGCAACAAGUUUGCCCAGAUGCGUUACAGUUUACGACUCCUGCGAGCCAUGGUCAGCACAGAAGAUGAGACCGUAAACACAGAUCUGUGUGAAAAUGGAGCAAUUCAGCAACUUACAGGAAUAUUUCAAACUAUUAUAAGCAACCCUGAUGAAAAUGAAGAGGCCAUUGUUUUGGAAAUCCAGUCUGAUAUAUUGCUUAUCUUAUCUGGUCUUUGCGAAAAUCAUAUUCAAAGGAAGGAAAUUUUUGGAACAGAAGGAGUAGAUAUAAUUCUUCACGUGAUGAAAACAGACCCCAAGAAGUUACAGAGUGGCUUAGGCUAUAAUGUGCUUCUUUUUAGUACGCUGGACAGCAUUUGGUGCUGCAUUUUGGGGUGUUAUUCCUCAGAGGAUUACUUUCUUGAGAAGGAAGGAAUUUUUCUCCUUUUGGAUAUAUUGGCAUUGAGCCAAAAAAAAUUCUGUAAUCUAAUACUUGGAAUAAUGGUUGAAUUUUGUGAUAAUCCCAAAACAGCAGCUCAUGUCAAUGCUUGGCGAGGGAAGAAAGAUCAGACAGCUGCUAGUCUUUUAAUUAAAUUAUGGAGAAAGGAAGAAAAAGAAUUAGGAGUAAAACGUGACAAAAAUGGGAAGAUCAUUGAUACAAAGAAACCCUUGUUUACUAGUUUUCAAGAAGAGCAAAAAAUCAUGCCACUGCCUGCAAACUGCCCAUCUAUUGCAGUUAUGGACGUUGCUGAGAAUAUCAGAGCAAAAAUUUAUGCUGUGUUGGGCAAACUAGAUUUUGAAAAUUUACCAGGCCUAUCUGCUGAAGAUUUUGUCACCCUUUGUAUCAUACAUAGAUAUCUUGAUUUUAAAAUUGGAGAAAUAUGGAAUGAAAUAUGUGAAGAAAUAAAAUUGGAAAAGUUAAGACCAGUCACUACAGAUAAAAAAAGUUUGGAAGCUAUUACAACAGGAUCAGAAAACAUUGGAAAGAUGGUUGUUUCUCUGCAGAGCGAAAUGAUUGAAAGCCAAGCUCGCCAAGAUGUGCAGAAUGAACAAAAAGUAUAUGCAAAAAUACAAGCCACACACAAACAAAGAGAAUUGGCUAAUAAAUCAUGGGAAAAUUUCUUGGCUAGAACAUCAAAUGCUAAAACAUUAAAGAAAGCCAAAAGGCUUCAGGAAAAAGCUAUAGAAGCCUCUAGACACAGUGAACGACCACAAAAUGCGAUAUUUCACCAGACAGAUAUUAAAGGCCUUAACACAACGGUGCCCUCUGGUCCGGUCGUAACGGUGGAGAGCACCCCUGUGCGGUUCCUGGGGGGACCCCUGGCUGACACCGACAUCGCCCUCAAAAGGCCGCCCGUUGGCGGGGGCGCCUCGCAGAGGGUGAAAGCGGUGAAGACUGCCGAUGAGCCCAAGAAGAGUGUUCCCACCCUCUGCCCCCGGGAGACGCUCGGAUAAAUUCUGCUUACAAGCUUUAUAUCUUUGUAUGUAAAGGCAAACAAAUAUUUUAGAAUAACGAUUUUAGUGAAAUACUAGUAAAAAAUCAAAGUAAGAAAUAAUUUAUUUUUACACUACAAUAUUAUCAUCAGUUUCUUUAGAAAAACUACUGAUUCUCGUAACUGAAAUUGUAAAACGUGGUCUGUCAGUCAGGGUGGACUCUCGGUGUGUUCGAGUCGGUGAUACCAAGGUGAGAUUGUUCUUGUCACAUUCAGGCAGGGCAGAGAAAGGCCCUGUGCUCGCCUAUUUAAGUUACUUUCUCAAUGACUUUUCAAAGGCCCUAAAGAGACUCUCUUGUCCUACACACACCUCAUACAUUGUAUGCCUCCUGCAGGUAUGCCCAGGUUUCUGUAACAGUUUCUCUUGAACAUUCUUUAAAGACUGAAAGGAUCCAGACUAGAUGCCCUGGACAGAACACUGGCCCAAGGAGGGCCACACCUCCUGCUGUGGGUCUCCAAGGUCAGUGAACUUGGUGUCCAAGCAGUUUAUGUAGAUUUCUCCCAUUUGCCUUUAAAUGCCCUUGUUUUACCCUUCUUGACAGGCGCAAAGUUUACUAUGGCAUGCAUAUUCCAGUUGUAGUGCUCUGUUCUACCCGAAUAAAUAUCAUUGUUCU